AUGGCAAGUAACGACGAAUUUUAUGUUCGCUAUUACUCAGGACAUAAAGGAAAAUAUGGUCAUGAAUUUUUAGAAUUUGAAUUUAGAUCGGAUGGACUUUGUAGAUACGCGAACAACUCUAAUUAUAGAAAUGACAGCUUAAUCAGAAAAGAAGCUUUUGUCAGUUCUGCAGUUCUUGAUGAGUUAAGAAAGAUGAUUAAAGAUAGUGACAUUUUAAAAGAAGAUGACAGUCAAUGGCCAGAAAAGAAUGUUGUUGGUAGUCAAGAACUUGAAGUCAGACUUGGAAAUGAACAUAUUUCUUUUGAAACUGCCAAAAUUUCAUCUCUUGUCGAAGUCAAUGAUAGUAAAGAUCCUGAAGGCUUACGUGCAUUUUAUUAUCUUGUUCAAGAUUUAAAGGCCUUUGUGUUUUCUUUAAUUUCAUUACAUUUCAAGAUUAAACCUAUUCACUAA